AUGAAAACACCUAUCACAGAAGCUAUUGCAUCUGCUGACAGCCAAGGAAGAUUUUUAAGCAAUGGUGAAUUACAAUCAAUAAAUGGUAGAUAUCAAAGAGCUAACGCUAGUAUAGAAGCAGCAAAAUCUUUAACUAAUAAUGCACAAAGAUUAAUUACUGGAGCUGCUCAAGCUGUAUAUACAAAAUACCCAUUUGUAACACAAAUGCCAGGCCCAACUUAUGCAUCAAGUGCUAUUGGAAAGGCCAAAUGUGCACGUGAUAUUGGAUAUUAUUUAAGAAUGACUACAUAUUGCUUAGUUGUUGGAGCAACAGGACCGAUGGAUGAGUAUUUGGUGGCUGGUCUAGAAGAAAUUAACCGCAGCUUUGAACUUUCACCGAGUUGGUAUAUUGAAGCUUUACAAUAUAUUAAAGUAAGUCAUGGAUUAGCUGGACAAGCAGCAAAUGAAGCAAAUACUUACUUAGAUUAUGCAAUUAACACAUUAAGUUAA